AUGACUACGAUGGAUGUUCCUCGUUCGGACGAUGGUGGGCUAUUCGAUUAUCAAUGGAUUAAUCGAGAAGAAGCUGAGAAAAUAUUAGAAGGUCUCAAAAAACGACACAAGAAUGAAUUACGGGAUUUCUUUAAUGAAAAUAAACUUUUAGCGUUACUCUCCGGCCCAUCAUUAUCAGUUGGUUUAUCAAUGAAACAAUAUCGCUAUAAAGUUUUACUCAUUGGAAAAAGUUCUUGUGGAAAAACAAGUUUAAUCCGUGCACUUCAGGGCAAACAAUCUGUCAACGAUUAUCAACCAACAAUAGGUAUUCAAACAACGGCCAUCUAUUGGCCGGUUAAACUAAAUCAACCUAAUAGACCAACAUACAUGUUUCGACUUGAUAUGUGGGAUACUGGACCAUCAAGUUUUCAAAAUUUUGAUUACAUUGAAAAAGAUUGUUUUGAAUCUGUUGAUUUGGUCAUGUUUGUUAUUUCGGCAUCAGAUCGUGACGGUUUCAAUCACUUACCAGAACUAAUAAACGAGAAAUUAACACAAGCAAGUCCUACCAGAUCAUUUUCCACUAUUGUCUUUAUUACAAAAUUUGACCAGUUGUCUGAUUUGACAGCCAGCGAUGCCGAACAAUUUCAAACAAAAUACAAUGUACCCGUUUACCUUUUUUCAUCUGUCCAUACAAAUUUUCGUUCAACAUCAUCUUAUUUAACAAUGAUAUGCGAACGACUUUGGAAACGAGAUUUAGAAUUAUCGAUGACUGGAACAAUUUUUGUAUAA